UUUCCUGGCCUAGACAUUGCUCUCUCGACCAUGAGGAAGGGAGAGCUGGCCAAAUUCCUCUUCAAGAAAGAAUAUGUCUUCAAAGAUCUUGGGUGCGAACCUAGAGUUCCUGGUGGCACUGUAUUAUGGGAAAUAGAGCUGCUUGGGUUUGUUGAUCAUGGCGUGCUUGAAGACAUCAAUGAAAUGCCAAGAGGAGACAAAAGAAAAGCAUCUUUUCAGCACCUUCUUACAAUAGCCAGCGGUCAUAAGGAGGUUGGAAAUGAUCUUUAUAAAAGAAAGCAGGUUUCUCAAGCAAUAAGUAUAUACAUGAAAGCAAUAAAGCUGUUAGAGGAGUGUUCAUUACAGGAUGAGAAGGAAGAGAAAGAGAUGAAUGCAAUACUGCUGAAAUUGUACAGCAACAUGAUGGAGAUUUGUCCAAUAUAGACGACUUGUUACGAUUCGUAAUUUGUAUUUUACCAGUGGUAUCUAUUGGUGAAGUCAUUUUCAAGUCGACAUUGCGACUUCAUUUGACUUUAAACGCUGAUGUGAAGUAGAGAAAGAAGAAUCUAUUGGUGAAGUCAUUGUCAUGGUGAUUUUGGGAUUACAUUUCACUUUAAUCUCUGAUUUUAACUCGAUAAACAAGAAAGAGAUUGAAGUUCUCUCACUUCUAUAGGGUGGAAAGAUGUAACAUCGUUUGCUCUUAAAAUGUAACAGUCAUUAUUGUAAAGAUAAGUGCUACUUUCAGAUUCCAAUUUUAACCGCCGGRGUAUUGAAACAGCAAAGAAAUAUGGGAACAAAUUUACCAAUCGUUCCAUCGGGACCAUUCGUGAUGUAUUGGAGGCCUCUCUUUCUCGUUCAAUCUGAAAGGAAACGGUAUCCCUGUGCCUCUGUGCAUUCAUCUGUAUGAGGCCUGAAUAGUCUUACCAUUCGUCCCGAUCGAACCAUUGGUAAUCUUCGUAUACCACUCGUAUAGAAGGAAUUCGAUUGGUGAAUGCUUACCUUACUCUCGUUGCUAUGAAACAGUGAAUAUUGCGGGCGAUGUGUUGGCAUUACGCAAGGAAUGUUUGAGUGACAAACGGUAUCCCUGUGCCUCUGUGCAGUCAUCUGAAUGAGGCCUGAAUAGUCUUACCAUUCGUACCGAUCGAACCAUUGGUAAUCUUGUUAUACCACUCGUAUAGAAGGAAUUCGAUUGGUAAAUCAUGACCUUUCUCUCGUUGCUAUGAA